AUGGCAGGAGUUACCGUCACUUUCGCCCCUUUAUUUCUGCCAAUGGAAUUUCCUGUAGAAGUAUGGUAUCCAUUUUCGACGGAACCAUUAUUACGAAAAUUUAUUGUCUACGUAAUGGAAAUAUUUGUAAUUGCUCAUACUGUCUUCUGCCUUGGUGUGGAUGUUAUGAUCGCUGUUCUCCUGUUCUAUACGACAGCCAGGUUGGAGAUGUUGACUUUUGAGAUACAACGAGCGAUUAAUGAGACUCAUGUGAUAUCGUGUAUCCAAAAACAUCAGGAAAUAACAAGAUUUAUUUCAGAAACGCAGAAAGCUAUUCAAUAUUUACUAUUCAAAACUAAUCUUACUAUGGGAUUUACUGUGAUCAGUGGUUGUUUUCCUAUCCUAUAUAUACAGUCUCACAUUCUCAUUCCUCAAUUUUUAUCAAUGAUAAUGGCUGCUUUGCAACGAAUGUAUAUUACAGCUUGGCCAGCAGAUGAUUUGAAAGAAGUUAGUAUACAACUUGCUUUGUCAGCUUACAGUGCAUCAUGGAUUGGCAAGUCGCCAAAAAUGAAGAGCGAUAUUUUCAUAAUGCUACAAAGAAGCCAAAAACCACUUUUAAUAUCCAUGGGUGGCUUAUUACCUGCUCUCACGUUAGAAUAUUAUGCGAACUUUUUAACCACAGUCUUAUCAUAUUUCAUGACGAUGAGAGCCGCGAUCAGCACGUAA